UAUAUGUGAAGCAAAUACUUAGCAGAUUUUCAGUAGAAAAUGGAGACUUCAGAAAAACAAUUAAGUGCAGAAUUCCAAGUAAUUACAGCAGCAGAUAAAUACAGGUCCUUCUUGCAUGGUGAUGAAGAACAAAACACACAGUGGAGGCACGGCGCCCCUCCCACGUACCACAGCGUCAACCGCCUUUUCGAACAAGGCCGUACCAAAGAAUGGGCAAAAGGGUCUCUAGAAGAGGUGGUGCAAAACGCUAUAAAAUCAUGGGAGAUGGAGCUAUCUCACAAGACUCGGAUUCAAGAUUUCAAGACUAUUAGCCCAGACAAAUUUAAGCUCAUCGUUAAUGCAGGGAGGGAGGGAUUGUCUGCGGAGGAGACACUGAAAGUGGGAAGCUACAACGCGCUGCUGAAGAGUUCGAUGCCGGAGGAGUUCAAAUACUACAAGGCGGACGAAGAGAGCUUCGAAUCGUCGCACGAUGUUUUCAGGUCGGCGCUGCCACGUGGAUUCGCGUGGGAGGUGCUGGCGGUUUAUUCGGGCCCGCCGGUGAUCUCGUUUAAGUUCCGGCACUGGGGUUACUUCGAAGGCCCGUUCAAAGGGCAUGCCCCCACCGGAGAUUUGGUGGAGUUCUUUGGUGUAGGAAUUCUCAAAGUUGAUGAGUCACUGAGGGCAGAGGAUGUGGAGAUAUACUAUGACCCAGCUGAGCUAUUUGGUGGACUACUUAAAGGGCCUUCUGUUUCUGCCCAGAAAUGCCCUUUCCACACUUAGAUAUUUACUUGCAGUUGCCACUGGCUUUUUUUAUUAACCGGAGUAAACUCAAACCCGGUUCAUUUCUUCCUUAUCUUUGUGACGAACAAUGUAUGAUGCAUGGGUCAUGGUGUUGUGUUUGUAGAAACUUUUCAAUAAAUAAAAGUUUGUGAUUUACAAUAAA